CUUAUCCCAGAGUAAAAAGGCGUGUUCUUCCCUUUUCUGCUGAAUUUUAAGUGAAGGCACAUGCUGAUUGUCUAGUUCAUUAUACUUCAGACAGCCUUGGCUUUUUAAGAAUUGCAGAGCGUAAAUAGCAAAGUCGACAUGUCACAAGAACACCUAGUUUCGAACGAAGCUGCCCUCCCGGGAGAGGAGACCGUUCUAAUUAGGAAUGACAGUGGCAGAGGCUCCUCCAGUCGUGGCUGGAAGAUCGGUGGAUUCACUUUACUGGGGCUGCUUCUGAUUGCUGGCCAGGCGAUCACUGUUUACUUUGUGAUGGCGCAGAAGGGACAGAUCUCCUCCCUACAGGAACACACAGACAUACUGAAGAAACAGCUCAACAACCAGCAGCAUGCUCCCCUGUCUCCUCCCAAGAUGCUGCGUAUGCCCAUGUUCCACAUGCCCAUGCUGGUCAGCAACUUUGCUGAUGAGAAGCCCAAGAAGAUCCCCAUGACGCCCCUCGAGGACACUGCCACAGUGAGCGUGGAGGAGCAAGUCAAGGGCCUGCUGCAGCAGGAGGAUCCUGACCAGACUCUGCCCCAGUUCAACGAGACUCUGCUUGAUAACCUGAACAGCCUGAAGGAACAGAUGAACAGCUCCGAGUGGAAGAGUUUUGAGUCCUGGCUCCGUCAUUGGCUGCUCUUUCAGAUGGCCCAAAAGAAACCAGCUCAGCCCACCACAGCUCCAGUGCAGACCACCACCGCUAUGGAAGAGUCUGGUGUGCAGUCCAAGUGUCAGCUGGAAGCCUCAGCCCCCUCUGUUCAUCCCGGUGUGUACCGCCCUCAGUGUGAUGAGGAGGGCAACUACCUGCCCAAGCAGUGCUGGUCCAGCACUGGGUACUGCUGGUGUGUGGACAAGAAUGGAGACGAGCUGGCCGGAACCAGAACCCGCAAUCGUCUGGACUGCAACUUUGGCCUACGCAGGUUGGCGAUGCCCAGCUUCUCUGCAAUGAAGAAUGUCAAUAAAGAUAAGUAGACGGAGCCUGCAGGAGGCAGAGGCAGGGAGCAGCCGCUACCAAGCUAAUGUAAUCAUUAAAACCCGCUAACCACAGCUUGAUGAACAGCUUUUGAAGUUGAUUGCUGAUUACAGAAAGGGAAACUUAACUCUUUUAAGUUAACUGUUAAUUUAGUUUUUAAGAAAUUAACUCUUUUAUUGCAAUCAGUAGUCGUCGUAGUUACUGUGAUAGGGACCCCUACUGGAGUGGCUGACCCAAGAUGGACUUUUCAAAAUUUGAAAUACAUGUAACAGCUCAAUAAACAUUUUAUGAAAUUUCUGAUGAAAAAGUGGUUCCUUUACCAUAAACCAUAACCCAUGUGAUACAAAUGUGAACUUUAAAUACUUACAAAUUGUAGGUGACAGUGCAAUAUAAUUUAGCAAUCUGGCCCCUGUUGAGUGGAGCUGUUUUAACAAGGAAAAUGUAGUUCUUUACGAUGUGAAAACUGAGGAAUUUUAACUAGAACUUCAGUCCACAAAAUUGGAAAGUAAUUUCUGUUGGGUCACCUUAUAAAUAUUUAGAUGAUAAGUAAAACUUUUAUUUUGAAAUAUUUUAUGUUUUUAAUGUUAGAUGUUACUUUAUGGCAGUGAUGGAUUGUUCAUUUUACAUUUUAUGAAAUAUAGAAUCUUGCCAUAUAUACAAUGAAUGCUUUAUAUCUUAUAUCUGAAUCCUGUUCCCCUUAACUAAAAGUUUGGCAAGUUUAUACAUUUUACAAAAUGUACAACAUUUACAAAUGUUCAGUGCAGUUUGCUUUUUUAAACAGUUCAAAUGAAUUAAUCUGUGUUUAAAGUUCAUAUAUUACUGUUAUACUUCCUCCUAAUAAAUAAUUUUUCUGUCAUUUUUAAUUAUAUAUUGUAUGUUUGUUUUUUUCAAUGAAUCUAACAUACUUUUCCUGGAAGAAGCUAGAUGGAUUAAGAUUGAUGUAAUGAGGAAUUUAGCGCUGGAAUUAUUUUAAAUGCUUGUAUUUGAGCUGGGAUGAAAUAAAAGGAGGUUGUUCUAACACA